AUGAAAACAACGACAAAGACAACGACGACGAAGAACAACGAAGAACAAUACCGGAACGAGGACUACGAGGACGGAGACGAGGACGAGGACGAGGACGAGGACGAGGACGAGGACGAGGACGAGGACGAGGACGAGGACGAGGACGAGGACGAGGACGAGGACGAGGACGAGGACGAGGACGAGGACGAGGACGAGGACGAGGACGAGGACGAGGACGAGGACGAGGACGAGGACGAGGACGAGGACGAGGACGAGGACGAGGACGAGGACGAGGACGAGGACGGGGUGUUCCAGAAGUACCAGAAGUACGUGUACCAGCAGCACGAGGGCGGGGAGCGUGAGGGGAGUAAGCAGGGCGAGGAGAUUGGGGACCGCGCAGGCACAAGCAUCAUUUGCGUACUAUUCUCCUUUCGCCCAUAA